AUGAAGUUCUCAGAUAUGAAUCUCCAGGCCAUGAGUGCUGUGAGAGCUUACUUCCUAAGGAAUUGGACAAUAGAAGACCUGAUGAAUAAUGGAGAAAUUCCCCAGCAUGCUUACACAAGCUUGAAGAGGGUAUAUCUUACUCUCUUCUUUGCCAUGUGGAGCUUUACUUUUGGAUCCUUCUUGCACUGGACCCGAGGAGUGGGAGGGCUGUUCACAGUCCUUUCUUCUGUAGCAAGUUUACUAUGUCUUUACUUUAUAUCACCAUUAAGAGUGAGGAUGAGGAUCUUACUCUUGAUGAUUGCUGCCUUUUCCAUCGGUGCUUCUAUUGGCAUUUUUAUCAAAUAUUUCUUUGAUAUAGAUCAUGACCUUGUUUACAGCCUUUUGGCACCUCCAACAUUUUCCAUUGGAUUUAUGUGGUUUGGGUCCAUGUUUACGAGGGAAAGGAGUGAUAUCUACUUGGGCUGCCUGUAUUAUUCUUGGGCUCUAUGUUUCUCCACCUUUGUUGCUAGUAAUGCAGAAUACAUUGACAGCCAGACAUCUCAUUUUUUGUUAAAGGUAUGCAUUGUGCUUGCAUUGUUCUUGGGGUACAUUGUGGUAUAUAGCCAAGAGAUAUUGUAUGAUGCUCACUAUGGAGAAAUUAACUUUGUCAAUCGCACACUCACCAUCUUCUUCCGUUUACCGGGUAUAUUGGUCCAUGCUGCAAGACUAUGCCUGUGUGCAUAAAUUGA